AUGGAUACCACCACACCUGGCCAGUCUACAACAGUGAUGGAUACCACCACCCAUGGCCAGUCUACAACAGCGAUGGACACCACCACACCUGGCCAGUCUACAACAGUGAUGGAGACCUCCACACCUGGCCAGUCUACAAGAGUAAUGGAGAGCACCACACCUGGCCAGUCUACAACAGUGAUGGAUACCAUCACACCUGGCAGGUCUACAACAGUGAUGGAUACCACCACAGCUGGCCAGUCUACAACAGUGAUGGAUACCACCACACCUGGCCAGUCUAAUAGGUUAAUGGAGAGCACCACACCUGGCCAGUCUACAACAGUAAUGGAGACCUCCACACCUAAGCAGUCUACUACAGUGAUGGCUACCACCACACCUGGCCAAUCUACAACACUUGUGGAUAAAACCACCCAUGGCCAGUCUACAACAGUGAUGGAUACCACCACACCUGGCCAGUCUACAAGAGUGAUGGAGACCUCCACACCUGGCCAGUCUACAAGAGUGAUGGAGAACACCACAACUGGUCAGUCUACAACAGUGAUAAAUACCACCACACCUGGCCAGUCCACAACAGUGAUGGAUACCACCACACCCGACCAGUCUACAAUAGUGAUGGAUACCACCACACCUGGCCAGUCUACAACAGUGAUGGAUACCACCACACCUGGCCAGUCUACAACAGUAAUGGAUACCACCACACCUGCCCAGUCUAAAACAGUGCUGGAUAACAUAACACCUGGCCAGUCUACAAGAGUAAUGGAAAGAACCACACCUGGCCAGUCUAAAAGAGUGAUGGAUACCACCACCCAUGGCCAGUCUACAACAGUGAUAGAGACCUCCACACCUAACAAAUCUACAACAGUGAUAGAUACCACCACACCUGGCCAGUCCACAACAGCGAUGGAUUCCACCACACCUGGCCAGUCUACAGGAGUAAUGGAGACCUCCACACCUGGCAAAUCUACAACAGUGAUGAACACCACCACACCUGGGCAUUCUACAACACCGAUGGAUACCACCACACCUGGCCAAUCUACAACAGUAAUGGAUUCCACAACACCUGGCCAGUCUACAACAGUGAUGGAUACCACCACACCUGGUCAGUCUGCAACAGUGAUGGAUACCAUCACACCUGGACAGUCUACAAGAUCUACAACAGUGAUAGAUACCACAACACCUGGCCAGUCUACAACAGUGAUGGAUUCCACCACACCUAGCCAGUCUACAAGGGUAAUGGAGACCUCCACACCUGGCCAAUCUACAACAGUGAUGCACACCACCACACUUGGCCAGUCUACAACAGAGAUGGAGAACAGCACACCUGGACAGUCUACAAGAGUAAUGGAGAGUACCACACCUGGCCAGUCUACAACAGUGAUGGAUACACCCACACUUGGCCAGUCUACAACAGUGAUGGAUACAACCACACCUGGCCAGUCUACAACAGUGAUAGAGAACACCACCCAUGGCCAGUCUACAGCAGUGAUGGAUACAACCACACUUGGCCAGUCUACAACAGUGAUGGAUAUCACCACACCUGGCCAGUCUAUAACAGUGAUGGAUACCACCACACCUGGCCAGUCUGCAAGAUUGAUGGAGACCUCCACACCUGGCCAGUCUACAACAGUGAUGGAUACCACCACACCUGGACAGUCUAAUAGGUUAAUUGAGAGCACCACACCUGCCCAGUCUACAACAGUAAUGGAGACCUCCAAACCUAAGCAGUCUACUACAGUGAUGGCUACCACCACACCUGGCCAGUCUACAACACUUGUGGAUACCACCACACCUGGCCAGUCUACAACAGUGAUGGAUACAACCACACCUGGCCAGUCUACAACAGUGAUGGAUACCACAACACUUGGCCAGUCUACAAAAGUGAUGGAGACCUCCACACCUGGCCAGUCUACAAGAGUGAUGGAGAACACCACAACUGGUCAGUCUACAACAGUGAUAAAUACCACCACACCUGGCCAGUCCACAACAGUGAUGGAUACCACCACACCCGACCAGUCUACAAUAGUGAUGGAUACCACCACACCUGGCCAGUCUACAACAGUGAUGGAUACCACCACACCUGGCCAGUCUACAACAGUAAUGGAUACCACCACACCUGCCCAGUCUAAAACAGUGCUGGAUACCAUAACACCUGGCCAGUCUACAAGAGUAAUGGAAAGAACCACACCUGGCCAGUCUAAAAGAGUGAUGGAUACCACCACCCAUGGCCAGUCUACAACAGUGAUAGAGACCUCCACACCUAACAAAUCUACAACAGUGAUAGAUACCACCACACCUGGCCAGUCCACAACAGCGAUGGAUUCCACCACACCUGGCCAGUCUACAGGAGUAAUGGAGACCUCCACACCUGGCAAAUCUACAACAGUGAUGGACACCACCACACCUGGGCAUUCUACAACACUGAUGGAUACCACCACACCUGGCCAAUCUACAACAGUGAUGGAUUCCACAACACUUGGCCAGUCUACAACAGUGAUGGAUACCACCACACCUGGUCAGUCUGCAACAGUGAUGGAUACCAUCACACCUGGACAGUCUACAAGAUCUACAACAGUGAUAGAUACCACAACACCUGGCCAGUCUACAACAGUGAUGGAUUCCACCACACCUAGCCAGUCUACAAGGGUAAUGGAGACCUCCACACCUGGCCAAUCUACAACAGUGAUGCACACCACCACACUUGGCCAGUCUACAACAGAGAUGGAGAACAGCACACCUGGACAGUCUACAAGAGUAAUGGAGAGUACCACACCUGGCCAGUCUACAACAGUGAUGGAUACACCCACACUUGGCCAGUCUACAACAGUGAUGGAGGGCACCACCCAUGGCCAGUCUACAACAGUGAUGGAUACAACCACACCUGGCCAGUCUACAACAGUGAUAGAGAACACCACCCAUGGCCAGUCUACAGCAGUGAUGGAUACAACCACACUUGGCCAGUCUACAACAGUGAUGGAUAUCACCACACCUGGCCAGUCUAUAACAGUGAUGGAUACCACCACACCUGGCCAGUCUGCAAGAUUGAUGGAGACCUCCACACCUGGCCAGUCUACAACAGUGAUGGAUACCACCACACCUGGACAGUCUAAUAGGUUAAUUGAGAGCACCACACCUGCCCAGUCUACAACAGUAAUGGAGACCUCCACACCUAAGCAGUCUACUACAGUGAUGGCUACCACCACACCUGGCCAGUCUACAACACUUGUGGAUACCACCACACCUGGCCAGUCUACAACAUCUACAACAGUGAUGGAGAACACCACACCUGGACAGUCUACAAAAGUAAUGGAGAGUACCACACAUGGCCAGUCUACAACAGUAAUGGAUACAACCACAUUUAGCCAGUUUACAACAGUGAUGGAUACCACCACCCAUGGCCAGUCUACAACAGUGAUGGAUACCACCACACCUGGCCAGUCUACAACAGUGAUGGAUACUACCACACCUGGCCAGUCUACAACAGUGAUGGAUACCACCACACAUGGCCAGUCUGCAAGAGUGAUGGAGACCUCAACACCUGGACAGUCUACAACAGUGAUGGAUACCACCACACCUGGCCAGUCUACAACAGUGAUGGAUACCACCACACCUGGCCAGUCUAAUAGGUUAAUGGAGAGCACCACACCUGGCCAGUCUACAACAGUAAUGGAGUCCUCCACACCUAAGCAGUCUACUACAGUGAUGGAUACCACCACACCUGGCCAAUCUACAACACUUGUGGAUACCACCUCACCUGGCCAGUCUACAACAGUGAUAGAGACCACCACCCAUGGCCAGUCUACAACAGUGAUGGAUACCAACAAACUUGGCCAGUCCACAACAGUGAUGGAUACCACCACAACUGGCCAGUCUACAACAUCUACAACAGUGAUGGAGACCUCCACACCUGGCCAGUCUACAAGAGUAAUGGAGAACACCACAUCUGGUCAGUCUACAACAGUGAUAAAUACCACCACACCUGGCCAGUCUACAACAGUGAUGGAUACCACCACACCUGGCCAGUCUGCAAGAGAGAUGGAGACCUCCACACCUGGCCAGUCUUCAACAGUGAUGGAUACCACCACACCUGGCCAGUCUAAUAGGUUAAUGGAGAGCACCACAACUGGCCAGUCUACAACAGUAAUGGAGACCUCCACACCUAAGCAGUCUACUACAGUGAUGGCUACCACCACAGCUGGCCUGUCUACAACACUUGUGGAUACCUCCACACCUGGCCAGUCUACAAGAGUGCUGGAUACCACCACCCAUGGCCAGUCUACAACAGUGAUGGAUACCAACACACUUGGACAGUCCACAACACUGAUGGAUACCACCACAACUGGCCAGUCUACAACAGUGAUGGAUACCACUACCCGUGGCCAGUCUACAACAGUGAUGGACAUCACCACACCUGGCCAGUCUACAACAGUGAUGGAGACCUCCACACCUGGCCAGUCUACAAGGGUAAUGGAGAGCACCACACCUGGUCAGUCUACAACAGUGAUGGAUACCAUCACACCUGGCCAGUCUACAACAUCUAAAACAGUGAUGGAUACCACCACCCAUGGCCAGUCUACAACAGUGAUGGAUAAAACCACACUUGGCCAAUCUACAACAGUAAAGGAUAUCACCACACCUGGGCAGUCUACAACAGUGAUGGAUACCACCACACCUGGACAGUCUACAACAGUAAUGGAUACCACCACACCUGCCCAGUCUAAAACAGUGCUAGAUACCAUAACACCUGGCCAGUCUACAAGAGUAAUGGAAAGAACCACACCUGGCCAGUCUAAAAGAGUGAUGGAUACCACCACCCAAGGCCAGUCUACAACAGUGAUAGAGACCUCCACACCUAACCAAUCUACAACAGUGAUAGAUACCACCACACCUGGCCAGUCCACAACAGUGAUGGAUUCCACCACACCUGGCCAGUCUACACGAGUAAUGGAGACCUCCACACCUGGCAAAUCUACAACAGUGAUGGACACCACCACACCUGGGCAGUCUACAGGAGUGAUGGAUACAACCACACUUGACAAGUCUGCAACAGUGAUGGAUACCAUCACACCUGGACAGUCUACAAGAUCUACAACAGUGAUAGAUACCACAACACCUGGCCAGUCUACAACAGUGAUGGAUUCCACCACACCUAGCCAGUCUACAAGGGUAAUGGAGACCUCCACACCUGGUCAAUCUACAACAGUAAUGCACACCACCACACCUGGCCAGUCUAAAACAGAGAUGGAGAACACCACACCUGGACAGUCUACAAGAGUAAUGGAGAGUACCACACCUGGCCAGUCUACAACAGUGAUGGAUACACCCACACCUGGCCAGUCUACAACAGUGAUGGAGAGCACCACCCAUGGCCAGUCUACAACAGUGAUGGAUACCACCACACCUGGCCAGUCUACAACAGUGAUAGAGAACACCACCCAUGGCCAGUCUACAGCAGUGAUGGAUACAACCACACUUGGCCAGUCUACAACAGUGAUGGAUAUCACCACACCUGGCCAGUCUAUAACAGUGAUGGAUACCACCACACCUGGCCAGUCUGCAAGAUUGAUGGAGACCUCCACACCUGGCCAGUCUACAACAGUGAUGGAUACCACCACACCUGGACAGUCUAAUAGGUUAAUUGAGAGCACCACACCUGCCCAGUCUACAACAGUAAUGGAGACCUCCACACCUAAGCAGUCUACUACAGUGAUGGCUACCACCACACCUGGCCAGUCUACAACACUUGUGGAUACCACCACACCUGGCCAGUCUACAACAUCUACAACAGUGAUAGAUACCACAACACCUGGCCAGUCUACAACAGUGAUGGAUUCCACCACACCUAGCCAGUCUACAAGGGUAAUGGAGACCUCCACACCUGGUCAAUCUACAACUGUGAUGCACACCACCACACCUGGCCAGUCUACAACAGUGAUGGAUACCACCACACCUGGCCAGUCUGCAAGAGUGAUGGAGACCUCCACACCCGGCCAGUCUACAACAGUAAUGGAAAGCACCACACCUGGCCAGUCUACAACAGUGAUGGAUACCACCACACCUGGCCAGUCUACAACAGUGAUGGAGACCUCCACACCUGGCCAGUCUACAAGAGUAAUGGAGAGCACCACACCUGGUCAGUCUACAACAGUGAUGGAUACCACCACACCUGGCCAGUCUACAACAUCUACAACAGUGAUGGAGACCUCCACACCUGGCCAGUCUACAAGAGUAAUGGAGAACACCACACCUGGUCAGUCUACAACAGUGAUAAAUACCACCACACCUGGCCAGUCUACAACAGUGAUGGAUACCACCACACCUGGCCAGUCUGCAAGAGAGAUGGAGACCUCCACACCUGGCCAGUCUUCAAAAGUGAUGGAUACCACCACACCUGGACAGUCUAAUAGGUUAAUGGAGAGCACCACACCUGGCCAGUCUACAACAGUAAUGGAGACCUCCACACCUAAGCAGUCUACUACAGUGAUGGCUACCACCACACCUGGCCUGUCUACAACACUUGUGGAUACCCCCACACCUGGCCAGUCUACAAGAGUGAUCGAUACCACCACCCAUGGCCAGUCUACAACAGUGAUGGAUACCAAAACACUUGGCCAGUCCACAACACUGAUGGAUACCACCACAACUGGCCAGUCUACAACAGUGAUGGAUACCACUACCCAUGGCCAGUCUACAACAGUGAUGGACACCACCACACCUGGCCAGUCUACAACAGUGAUGGAGACCUCCACACCUGGCCAGUCUACAAGGGUAAUGGAGAGCACCACACCUGGUCAGUCUACAACAGUGAUGGAUACCAUCACACCUGGCCAGUCUACAACAGUGAUGGAUACCACCACACCUGGCCAGUCUAAAACAGUGGUGGAUACCACCACACCUGGCCAGUCUACAACAGUGAUGGAUACCACCACACCUGGACAGUCUACAACAGUGAUGGAUACCACCACACCUGGCCAGUCUACAACAGUGAUGGAGACCUCCACACCUGGCCAGUCUACAAGAGUAAUGGAGAGCACCACACCUGGUCAGUCUACAACAGUGAUGGAUACCACCACACCUGGCCAGUCUACAACAGUGAUGGAUACCACCAAACCUGGCCCGUCUACAACAGUGAUGGAUACCACAACACCUGACCAGUCUACAACAGUGAUGAAUACCACCAGAGCUGGACACUCUCCAAGAGUAAUGGAGACCACCACACCUGGCCAGUCUACAAGAGUGAUGGAUACCACCACACCUGGCCAGUCUACAACAUUGAUGGAUACCAUUACACCUGGCCAGUCUACAACAGUGAUGGACACCACCACACCUGGCCAAUCUACAACAUCUAAAACAGUGAUGGAUACCACCACCCAUGGCCAGUCUACAACAGUGAUGGAUAAAACCACACUUGGCCAAUCUACAACAGUAAAGGAUAUCACCACACCUGGCCAGUCUACAACAGUGAUGGAUACCACCACACCUGGCCAGUCUAAUAGGUUAAUGGAGAGCACCACACCUGGCCAGUCUACAACAGUAAUGGAGACCUCCACACCUAAGCAGUCUACUACAGUGAUGGCUACCACCACACCUGCCCAGUCUACAACACUUGUGGAGACCACCACACCUGGCGAGUCUACAACAGUGAUGGAUACAACCACACCUGCCCAGUCUACUACAGUGAUGGGUUCCACCACACUUGGCCAGUCUACAAGAGUAAUGGAGAGCACCACACCUGGCCAGUCUACAAGAGUGAUGGAUACCACCACCCAUGUCUACAACAGUGAUGGAUACCACCACACCUGGUCAGUCUACAACAGUAAUGGAGACUUCCACACCUGGCCAAUCUACAACAGUGAUGGACACCACCACACCUGGCCAGUCUACAACAGUGAUGGACACCACCACACCUGGUCAGUCUACAACAGUAAUGGAGACCUCCACACCUGGCCAGUCUACAACAGUGGUGGACACCUCCACACCUGGCCAAUCUACAACAGUGAUGGACACCACCACACCUGUCCAGUCUAA